CAGCAACACAAAAAAGCAGAGAACGUAAUAAAAUAGCAAUUAGUAAUGAAAAUAGAGUUAAUAUUCAGCAAAGUCAAGAACAACAACAAACUGAAGCUGUAGUAUAUAUUAAUCCUUCCCCGGCUAUUAAUACCAGCGAGUUAGAACAAGACCUUUUGAGGAAAUUUUUUGAAAAAAUAGACAAACUCAAAUGUAUUCUCUGUUCUGUGUAUAAUAAAAAGAACAAUAUGGAUCUAGAGGAAGUUCCUGAAAAACUUCAAGGACUCACAGAAGUUGAGGAAAUGUUAAUCUCUCAGGUUUUUACCAUAAUGUUGGUAUACCAACUUCAUGGUGGACAAUACGGAUACCAUGGUUAUAUUGAUAGCCAACUUCCACAGGUUCAAAGUGAGCAGAAUUCAGAUAUAGAUAAUGAUGAUAUGAUUACUCGUACCUUUGUUCCUUCUCUUCCUUCAACAUAUCGUGAAGAUGCUGCAAUUAAUAAUAUACUAAAUCGUUUAAGAAAUGAAAAUUCUCCAAUAUUAUAG